ACACGUAUCUAAAAAAUGGCAUGUGUUUUUAGAUUGUACGACAUUCAUGAUGUUGAAAGCUGAUGACACUUUUUCUUCAUGUAUGAUUGGUUUAGUCAAGUUGCUAUAAACAUGGCAGGCUCUCUUCCUUAUCUAGUUUCCAAGAUUGAGCAGUAGCUGAACUUGUCUUUAAUAUUGUCAGCCAUGGACACAGAUGGUGGUAGUUCUAGUGAAACUGUACAGGUGAGAAACAAGAAGGUUAUGCUGAAACAUCACAUCAAUGGUUUUCCCAAAGAAUCAGACCUUCAUGUCACAACUGAAACUGUGGUGUUGAAAGUACUACAAGGUUCAAACACAGUUCCUGUCAAGGUUCUUUACUUGUCCAUUGAGCCAUAUCAGUAUAUUCGAUCAAGAAAGAUCGAAAACCCUGGUGUCUUCUCUUCCUAUCCUCCUGGCUCUGUGAUCACCAGUUAUGGAGUGGGUAGGGUUUUGAACUCCGGACACCCUGGCUACAAAAAGGGUGAUCUUGUUUGGGGAACAACGGGAUGUGAAGAAUACAGUCUGAUUACAGAACCUGAAACCCUCUUUAAAAUAACAGACACGGAUGUGCCCCUCUCUUACUAUUUGGGAGUUCUUGGUCUGCCUGGUUUGACUGCUUACGUUGGUUUCUAUGACUUUUGUGCACCAAAGAAAGGUGAAAAUGUUUUCAUUUCUUCAGCAUUUGGUGCUGUAGGCCAGCUUGUUGGGCAGCUAGCAAAAUUGAUGGGUUGCUAUGUUGUUGGUAGUGCUGGAAGUAAAGAAAAGGUUGAUUUGUUGAAGAACAAGUUAGGGUUUCACGACGCUUUCAAUUACAAGGAAGAGAAAAACUUGGAUGAAGCACUGAAGAGGUACUUUCCUGAAGGCAUUGACAUUUUCUUUGAUAAUGUUGGUGGAAAGAUAAUUGAUGCAGUUCUAUUAAACAUGAGGCUCCAUGGACGCAUUGCUCUCUGUGGAAUGGUUUCACAAUACCCACUCGAUGAUCCAGAAGGCAUAAAAAACCUGAUGUGCAUCAUCUACCAGCGGCUUCGUGUGGAAGGAUUUGUUGUCUUUGACUACUUUCAUCUUUUUCCCAAGUUCUGGGACUUCAUGCUCCCUUGUAUCAGAGAAGGAAAGAUAGCGUGUGUGGAAGACAUAGCUGAAGGCCUUGAUAGCUGCCCAGCUGCUCUGGAAGGACUUUUUACUGGCAGAAAUCUUGGAAAGAAAGUUAUUAUAGUUUCUCAAGAAUAAAAUUUAUGUAUUAUAGGUUCAGUUGUGGACCGCUAGAACAGUAUGGUCUGUUAUAAGUUAGUCUUGUAAUUAGUCUUUUCUUUCCUGUACUUCAGAGGGUCCAAGAUACGUAGGCAUUCGAAGUUAAUGGUAUCAUCAUCAAGGUUAUCUCUCAUUCAUUUUGGCAUCUUUUAUGUUUUGAAUUUGUCCUUCAAGUCUAGUACAUGCUGUUGGAUGAUUUUAACAGACUUCUGUUGUGAAGGUAAUUUCCUCAUUUUGUGUUUUUAACACAAGAA